GCACGUUUCCGCAAUGAAUCCUGGGAGGAACUGCGUAUUUGGCGGAAUGUUUGAACAAUUUAUACAAACCCAGGAUCAUGAUGACAGAGGAAAGCACAAAUAAUAUAACACCAACUCGGUGAUAUAUUAAACUGUAGACAUUCUGAAUAAUCCAACAACAUGGAGGGCAAAGGCAGUCAGGAGCGAAAUGAAAUCGCCAAACUGACGCAGAUGAAGUCGAAAGUAAACAGACUGAGACGGAGCCCGAAAGCUGCGACACCGAACCCAGGGCAGAUGCGUAACACAGCAGAGUUCAAAACUCCUACACGUCCAGCGAGAGGCCAGUUCAGAAGACUGAAACCUGAGGACUCGCCUAGCAACGAUCCUGAUUUUCAUCAAGAUAUUAUAUGGGAUACAACAUCUCCAUCACCCAUACGACAUGGUCGCGGACAGAGGAGAGCUGCAAAUGUCAGAGCGGUGGAUAUAUCAGACAUUGCCAAUCGGAUCGCUCCGAAGAAUGGAAGAUUAGAAGAAGCGGAUUCAUCUUUACUGCAGUGGAUUGGAGAUAGUGCUAUUCCCUGCACACCAGAAGUACGGCAACCCAAAGUCAAGCCCAUGUCGACAAAACAGAGCACUGUAGAAGAUCUAAUGCGGCUGGCGAAGCAGUUUGACUUCAACAUGAGGCAAGAUGAAGCACAAGAACAGAACUCACAUGCACCAGGUUCAGAACGUGCUGAGGAGCAAGAGCCGCCACAUGACGACCAAAUCACAACAGCUCACAGCGUUUCUACUGUAAAACCCAAUGAUGAGAAACCCGUUGAUGAAAAGGGACUUCAUCAGGAGAUGGACGAUGAUCUUGAUUUUCUUUUUGACGGGCCGACUCAGCAGCUCAGCGGACGUCUCAGUCAAGCGUCGGAUUGUCGUACUCAGGAUGUUCCUGAGAGAAAUCGUGUUGUUGUGAAAGCCAGUGCUUCACAAAAAGGUUCUACAUUCACUGCGACAGAAAACCAUGGCAGUAAACAAGUUAACAAAGCUGAUGAUUUUGAUGACGACUGGAACAGUGACGGUUUACUCGAUGACUCAUUGCUAUUGGAAAUGACGCAAAACCCAGAUCUGUUUGCUGCACCGCAGUGCAGUUCAACACAAAAACAAACUCAAGAGAAUCAAAAUGCAUUCAGUGCAAUGGCAAACAAAAAACAAGAAGCUAAAACUAAUGUUAAAUGUGGUACAUUUCAAGUGCAAAAGACAAAAAGUGAACAAAGUUUUCAGCAGGACUCUCUAAUACAGGCAAAGCCGCAUGGAGCGUUGCCUAGAAUUGGAAAUCAGGUUUUUCCCACGAGUAAGGCUUUGCCAGUUCAUCAAAGUUGCUUUAAUGGCAACCAAAAUCAGCAAUAUCAGCACAGUAUGCAAGUACAAAAUUCAUCUGAGGUCAGUGCUGUUUCCUCAGCACGCCAUUCAAACACCAGUACUAUAAAACCUCCUCAUUCAAAUCCUCCCAGCAUGCACCAGAAUCCAAACUCUGGAGGCAUUAAACAACAAGGAGAGGAUGCUGUUACAGCUCGAGAUGGCUUUAGUGAUGCUUUGGAUGAAGACCUGGACUCCUUUUUUGCAUCAGACGACAUCUGGGAUGACGGAGUGGAGGACGAUGAUCUGUUUUGUGAGGCGUGUGAUAAUUUGGAAGAGUUAUCUGGAAACGCUGAAACCUCAGCUACAAACAGCCAACAAAACACCACAAAAGCACUACAAAACACCUGCGAAACGGCCAGUCUGCAAACGGUAUUUGCUCAUCCUUAUCCACCCAAAAAGCCGGCCGCUAAUGUUUCCACGUCCAGUGCAAACACAUCAGUGUCUUUGUACGGCCAGAAAGCUCAUGCGGUGAACUCUGGGCCUACAGGACGAAGCUCUAAUGUGUCAUGUGAUGCAACGAGACCAUCUGGCCCCUCAAGUAAUGGAGCGUAUAAAUUCAAACAGGUGAGAAGCUCCUCUGUGGUGGGACGUGGGACCUGUGCUGUUCCCUCCACACAGCAGGGUCACGAGAGGGGCGUGCUGGCCGUCCUCCAAUCAGAUGUGAGAACAGCAGACCGUUAUCAGUUCAAAAAGCCGUACAGUGACUCGUUCAGGUCUGCGCCGGUCAUUGCCAAAGAUGUGUGUAACUCGGGAGCUGUGAGGUGCAGCGAUGCUGAGAUCGAGAGGAAGAAGAAGCAGGCGAUGGAGAGGCGGAGACUCAGGAUGCUGGCCAAUCAGAAUCUCAGAGCUCCUGUCUGAUUCACCAUUACUAUGAAGAUGCAGAACAAAACAGAUAUAUGUGUAUAUGAAGAGGUACACUGUGUACAAUAACCACACCGCAACAAUAACUAUUCCCAUUAUAAGCAAUGACUUUUCGCAUCAUGCUGCUUGUUUGUGGACCAAAUCUCUUAAGAACAAUGUUUUUUGUUGUUUUAAGUGUAUGUGUAGAACAUUUGAGGUCUCAGAAAAAGAAAUGUUGAUAUGAUGUCAUAUGUUUGGCAUCAUUAGAGCAUCAGAGAGCAGAUCCUAACUGAUAGACAUGUAUGAUGACCAUCUCAGUUGAAUAUUGGUCAUUACUAAAAAUCAGGAGUAGCUGCCUUUUUUUCAUCUUCAUCUCUGUUACUUUAAUGCAGAUUUUAUGUAAAUUGUAUAAUAAAUAUGUUUGUUUAAUCUGUUUUAAAAGUUCACAGUGCUUAAUGUAAAUCACUCUUGUUCUUUUUUUUUUUUGUCAUUUAUAAUGAUGGAGAAAUUUUUUUAAUCAUUUUGGUUGGUUUUUUUGAGUGUUUUUGUCCAUUUAUCAGUCAAAAAUAAGACGCCCAAAACAAUAAACUGACUGAGUGAGUCAUGUAUAGUAUUUAUUGAGUUGGAAUUGUUAUUGUAAUU